AUGCUGACCACGCUGUGGCUGCUGCCGAGCUUUGCUGUCCCAGUGCUGGGGCUCUAUGUUUCUGUCAGAUGUCCCCAUGGGAAGCAAUGCCAACGGGCCCUACUUUCCAACAAUGAUAUCUUUCUUCACUGCAACUCCUCUGGGGCACAGUGGCACUACUUCUUCCUGCAAGAUGAGACCAACUGGUACAGCCACCCCCCCAGUGUUCCAAACAUAGAAAUAAUGCCUGAAGGCAGCAUUCUCAUUAAAAGUCCGUUACCAUCCCAGACGGGCAUUUACAACUGCCGGGACAAGAAUGGCAUCCAAGUGGUGCAGUAUGAGAUUGACUUCCAGGACGUCAGCACCCUGCACAUUACACACAGAGGCUUGGGCCAAAAGCCCCUGCAGAAUGAGACCCUGAGUCUGGGUGGCAAGGAGAUUAUCUUCACCUACUGGGAGCCAUGGCAGGACUGUAACCGCUGUGGGAAGCUGGGUGAGCGCAAACGCUUGGGGUACUGCUACAUCCAGGAGCCCCUGGAGAAACCCUUGCCCUGCUGGUUCUACCUGGGAGAUGCUAGGCUGUGGUCCAGCCGCAUGCGGCCUGAGAUGCAGGUGGAAGCCUGCAACGUCCAGUGUGAAACAUCAGCUGGGACAGACGUCACUUUUGACAACUUCGAGCUCAGUGAGGAGUCAGGAUCUGCGUGGCUCACCUGCCCCUUAGGAUCCAUCUACAGGCCCAUCACCUGGGAAGCCAACAACACACCCCUGACCUGGCAAGGCCAGCUCUCCGGCCAGGAUGUGACCACCAUCCUGGACCCCUCCAAUGGUGGGAGACGCCUGCAAGUCUUCCAACCAGCCAUUUACACGUGCUUCGUGCAGCAGGAGUUCAUGGCUCGAUUCAAUCCCAGGCCUGGUCUAGAUACGCUGGAGACUCUGCAGCGAGAGGAAGCUGGACAACAGCCGGAGGCAGGACGGGCCCGGAAGGGGAAGGCCGACACCGUCUUCAAGGGGCUGAAGCUGGUGCUUCUGGUGGGCACCCUCCUGGGCCUGCUUGGGCUGCUGCUCAAGCUCUUCCGCCCUUCGCGGAGCAAAAGAAGCAACCGAACGCUGCUGGUGAAAUAA